CGUCUCUCUUUGUUCACACUCACCUCUCAGUCAAUUAUUAUUUAAACACUUCACUUCCUUAUCAAAGUGUCUUGUCUCCUUGAAAACUCACUUUCAUCUCCGAUGGCUACCCUCACUCUCUUCUUCUCUCUCCUUCUCCUCCAAGCUCUUCGCUUCGCAAGUUCGCAGUCGUUUAUUGGAGUGAAUUAUGGGCAAGUGGCUGAUAAUCUGCCGCCGGCGGAAGCUACGGCGAAGCUUCUACAGUCUACGUCCAUACAAAAACUGAGGCUGUACGGAGCAGAUCCAGCUAUUAUUAAAGCUCUGGCUAAUACCGGAAUCGGAAUCGCUAUCGGUGCUGCUAAUGGAGAUAUUCCAGCUCUGGCUUCUGAUCCUAACGCCGCCGCUCAGUGGAUCAACACAAAUGUCUUGCCUUUCUACCCCGCUAGCAAAAUUAUUCUUAUCAACGUCGGAAAUGAGGUAAUGAUCUCCAAUGACCAAAACCUCAUCAAUCAGCUUCUCCCAGCGAUGCAGAAUGUCCAAAACGCACUCAACUCGGCCUCACUCGGUGGCAAAAUCAAAGUAUCAACCGUGCAUGCAAUGUCCGUGUUGAGUCAGUCUGAUCCGCCGUCUUCGGGAUUGUUCUACCCGAGUCUCCAAGGCCCGAUGAAGGGAAUAUUGCAGUUUCUAAAAGACAACGGAUCCCCUUUUACCGUCAACCCAUAUCCCUUCUUUGCGUACCAGAGCGACCCAAGACCCGAAACUCUUGCUUUCUGCCUGUUCCAACCCAACGCCGGCCGGGUUGACUCCGGAACAGGUAUCAAGUACAUGAACAUGUUUGAUGCUCAGCUUGAUGCUGUACACUCUGCUUUGAAUGCAAUGGGGUUCAAGGAUGUUGAGAUUGUGGUUGCUGAAACCGGAUGGCCUUACCGUGGAGACCCCAAUGAGGUUGGACCGGGUGUUGAGAAUGCCAAGGCUUAUAAUGGAAACUUGAUUUCUCACCUUCGAUCAAUGGUGGGAACUCCAUUGAUGCCUGGAAAAUCUGUGGAUACUUAUAUCUUUGCUCUUUAUGAUGAGGACUUGAAACCUGGCCCUUCCUCUGAACGUGCCUUUGGGCUCUUCAAACCCGAUCUUACGGUAACUUAUGAUGCUGGUCUUUCAAAGAGUAGCCAGACUCCAUCUACUCCAACAACUCCGGUGGCUCCAUCACCGAAACCAACAACAACAGGUUGGUGUGUGCCCAAGGCUGGUGUCCCUGAUGAUCAAUUGCAGGCAAGUCUUGACUACGCCUGUGGCCAAGGCAUUGAUUGUAGUGCCAUUCAACCAGGAGGUGCCUGUUUUGAACCAAAUACUGUAUCAUCACAUGCUGCUUAUGCCAUGAAUCUUUACUACCAGAAGUCUGAGAAAAAGCCAUCGAACUGUGAUUUCUCACAAUCGGCUACACUCACAUCGCAAAAUCCUAGUUAUAAUGGUUGCAACUAUCCUGGUGGGAGCACCUGAAAAUUCCAGAUGAAGAAUUUCCCAGAUCUGAUAUAUAUAUAUAUUAAUUGUAAAGCCUUCUUGCUUUGAUUUUAAUAUGUGUUUAGGGUUUAGGGGAGAUUGCAGGAAAGUUAAUGUGGGAGUUGGUGGGGGAGAUCAAGUGUAACCAUGUGGAGAGACUUUCGUGAUAGGAUUAAAUCCUUUGUAUAAAUUUAGUGGCAUGCUUUCUAAAUCGUCAAUUACAUUAAUGUGAUUAAUAAGAAUCUUGAUCUUUGGAGGCA